AUGUCUGAGGCUCGCGAGGCUAUCCGCGCACGCCGCGUGACAUGGAAUACCUCUUGUGACACUGCCCUUAAGGCGCACGCCCACGAGGUCAAGGUGCCCUCCUGGUUGAUAGGGGACUGCGGAAGCUGUGGCGCAGGAGAGCCAACUGUGCGUCGCGGUUGA